AUGGAGAGAAAAAUUUCAUCGCCAAUGGCGCCUACAUUCAUGGUGUCCGCACCAGGAAAAGUCAUCGUCUUCGGUGAACAUGCCGCGGUUUUUGGCAAGCCAGCCGUUGCCGCAGCCAUUUCACUCAGAUGCUACCUCCUCGUCACGACCUUCUCCAAAUAUCGGUUUUUGAACCACACGUGGACAAUCGAUACUCUGCCGUGGCCAGUUUUCCACCAUGUUUCUAAGAAGAAGUUCUACUACUCUGUUGUCGACUCUCUCGACCCAGAGUUACUCGACGCCAUCAGGCCGCAUGCGGAGGCCGUGUCCAGAGACCUUUCUAAGAAGCAGCGAGAAAUGCAUGUACAAUCUGCGACCGCUUUCCUCUACCUCUUCCUUUCCUUAGGCUCCCCGCAAAGCCCUGGAUUCGUCUACACCCUUCGAUCGACUAUUCCAAUCGGUGCCGGCCUGUGUAGUAGUGCUAGCGUUUGCGUUUGCUUGAGCACAGCGCUGCUCCUCCAGACUCGUACCCUGACAGGACCUCAUCCCGACCAGCCUCUCAAGGAAGCCGAGGUACAAAUCGAACGCAUCAACCACUGGGCGUUUGUGGGGGAGUUAUGCAUCCACGGAGAUCCUAGCGGGGUGGACAAUACGAUCUCUUCCAGGGGGAAAGCCGUACUUAUCCAGAAAAGCACCUCUGGGGCACCAUCCGUUACCCCUCUCGUCAACUUUCCGAAGCUACGACUCCUUCUCGUCGACACUAGGCAACCGCGUUCCACGGCCACGCAAGUAGAAAAAGUGCGACGGUUGAAAGACAACCACCCUACGACGAUAGACCUAGUCUUGGAUGCAAUCGGCCAACUCACCGCUUCGGCAUUGGAGCUUCUCUCAUCUGCCAACUUCAACGGUAAUGGCACGUGCGAUGCUCUCGACCGCUUAGGGAUGUUGACUCGCAUGAACCACGGAUUGCUAGACGCACUAGGAGUCUCUCAUCCACGCCUACAGCGCGUCUGCGAACUCGUCGAACAUUCUGGUGUCGGCUGGGCAAAGCUCACUAGUGCCGGGGGUGGUGGGUGUGCCAUUACACUUCUCCGGCCAGACGUCAAAGAGGAAACUUUGGAAGAACUCGAACGGAGGUUCACGGCAGAAGGCUUUCAGAAAUAUGACGCGAUCCUAGGCGCCGAUGGAGUUGGCGUACUUUGGCCCGCGGUAUUCAGAAACGGUUCUGCUAGAGAGAACGGUGAAGAGAUCGACCAAGAAAAAUUUGAGAAUGCCAUCGGCGCUUGGGGUAUCGAGCAACUGGUUGGCGUAGGGGAGGACCGUGAAGGAUGGAGGUUUUGGACGCGAGCUGACGACUGAUUUUGGCUACUGUUGAGUUACAGGUAGCCCUCCAUCUGCCUGUCGAUCAGAUUUGAAGAUGGGCUUUGUUUCCCUAGGAGGGAGAACCCCGAGAAUCAGAUGUGGGACUGGUAUGAUAAGCCAGGGGAAUAGCACUCGAUAGAAUUGAUACUGGC